CUGCAUUGUCUCCACGUUCCUGGGUAACUCCAGCCGAACACAUCUCCGGCUAAAGAGAGUGAGAGCUUCUACGCUGGAAUUAAAGUAAACCAUCAUGACCAAAACCCUCGUCAUUCUGAAUGUGUUUGAAGCUGGUAUGGUUGUUGGUUGACCUCUAAAUUGUGUAUAAUCAAUUGUUGAGCAUUAAACGCCUCCUGAACUGCAUCUGGUGCUGUAAAUUAAAUGAAGAUUGAGCCCAGACUGUCCAGGAACCUGUGUCUGUACUCUCUCUCUCUCUCUCUCUCUCUCUCUCUCUCUCUCUCUCUCGCUCUCUGCCUGCAGUUUGUUCCAGAUGUGCUGCACAUUGCGGAGGACGGUAAGGAGCAUGCUGUAACCAUCCACAGUACAGUGCCUAUCCCCUGUUUCGGGACAGAGCACGGCCGACCAUGUGGAGUCAUUCUCACUCUGUGUGUCCGUGACUCAGACAGCCUGGAUCCAAGCGUGGAGGCCCCCAACAUGGCCCUGUCUACCUGCCAGGUGGAGCUGCAGCCUAUUGCAGCCUGCAGCCGCAGUCAGGGGUGUGCCUGGGCCAGUAUCACCCUCACCGCCGUCACAGACUUCACCCGCGACGGCAACCGCCCCAGCCUCCUCAGCGCCACGCCACACUCUGACGUACCGUGCCUCUGGAGAGGGAUACACCCCUACACCCCUCAAGGUCACAGUUCAAGAUGUUCCCACUGCAAGCUGCUACUCUCUGACUGAUCCGCACAUCAUUACAUUGGAUGGCAGACACUAUGAGAACCAGCAGACGGGUACCUUCAUCCUCUACAAGAGCCUUCACCGAGCGUUCAAGGUCCAGGCUCGUCAGUGGGACUGUGGCAGCCGCCAUUAUGCUGUGUCCUGUAACUGUGGAAUGGCGGCCAGGGAGGGAAACGAGAUUGAUUGAUGACAUUUUUUUUUUUUACCUUUAUUUUACCAAGUUCGUCUCAUUGAGAUUAAACAUCGAUUUUACAAGAGAGACCUGGCCAAAACAGCAGCACAAAAAGUUUAAUACAAAGACACAAUUACAACAUAAAACACAAAGCGCUACAGUUUAACACAUCAAUUUACACAUUGAGCAGGCAAGAUGCUUUGGGGAAAUCACUAAUUGAUUGAAUGAAUGAUAGAUUGAUUUAAUUUAUUUGAAAAUUAACCCUAAAAGUGCUAACAGAGGUCAAAAGGAGGAAUGAAACGUAAUCACUCUUUUGUAUACUAGGGGUGCAUGGUGCUGUAUGAAUGAAUGACAUUUUUAUUUUCGUGUCAAAUCGUCAUUUGGCAACCCAUCCCUUAUGGGAUUAAUUGACACAUUAACAAACAUUACAAUAAUUCACUAUGGUAAUUCAAUGAUAAUUCUUCUUCCGGCGUUCUCUGCAUUGUGCAUCACAGAGUGAAAAAAAUACAAUACAUCAAUACAUAAUAGUCAAUAAGGUUAUCCAAACAAUAAUUACAUCCCUAGAGCAGUACAAUAAUAUACAUACAUACAUACAUACACACUGCAUAUAUACACAUAAAAACAUACAGUUGAAGUCAGAAGUUUACAUACACUUAGGUUGGAGUCAUUAAAACUCGUUUUUCAACCACUCC